GAGAAAGUGCCAAUCCCUGGCACUUCCAGGCAUUUCUCCUGGAGGGGUUGACGCGGUGGAACGCGGACAGGGCGGCGUCCGUGGCACAGGAGGGACGGCCGCUGCUCCGCUCCUACAAUGGCCCCCUGCAGCACUUCCUUGACCAGCUCAGCCAAAGGGUGCUUGGCAUGAGUGUGGUCAAGGAUUACACCAAGCCCAGGGAGUACACUGGGGAACUCAUCGGCAUCGAGUACCUGUACUCCCAGACGGGCAGAGUGCUGCAGGACGUCAGCUUGGACCCUGACAUUCCGGACGCGGGGGGGGACGUUCCCCAACUCGUUGAGGAUGACGAGCUCGCCGACGGCCAGCAGGAGGUGGAGGACCUCACGCUCCACGUGCCUGGCGAGUUCCCAGCUCCUCAGACGGACCCGCGGUCAGGGCGACCGGCUGACGCGCCCGAGCCAUCCAGUCCGACCGGUGCCCCCGAGCCCGCACCCCACUCCCCCGGCCGGUCCUCGCCAGAGCCUCAGCAGGCUGCUGAGGACUACAGAGGACCAGAUGACCAGCCGGGGUACCUGGCCGUGGUCCAGUUGGCCACGGCCUUGGUGGGGUUGCGUCACGACCCGGCCUUGUCCGAGGGGAGGAUAGAUGAGCUUAUCAGGCUCUACGAGGCCCUGUCACCGUACGACAGGGCCCGAGUAGUUUACCCUCCCUGCUACAGGGACAGGCCAGCUCAGGGGCGCUUCAUGGCAGCGAAGCCAAGCCGCACCAGUAUACCUGGUGUGGAAAGCUUGAGGCGCUGCCUGGUCGGAGAGACCUCUGGACCUGCCAGCUGUCCCAGCGCAAGCCGGCUGGUAGAGGCAGUAUGCACCCAGCUCUGCCGCUUGAUCCCCUCGGGAAGCCGUGCGCGCGGUGCCCGGAGGUCGCGGUGGGACAGCAUACUGCUUCGGUACCAGCACAUCCGGGACCUUGUGCUGGGCCACCAGAGGCUGAUGGCUCGGGCGCCAAUACAGCUCUUUGAGCUGAACGCCAGGACCCUCUCGCUGUGGUUCACCAGGACGCAGCGGGAGAAGGAGAGGACUGUGCUAGCUUCAGGCGGUGCAGCAGAGGGACAACCACCAGCGGCAGCGGGUUCGGCGACGGCGCCGUGCCCAGCAGCAGCGGUGGAUCGUUCUCCGGCAGCAGCAACAGGCCAGGCGAGGACAGCAGCGCCAAGGGCGGCGGGACCUCUGGCAGCAGCACCGGCUGUGGCAGCACCGGUGCCUGUUCUGCCAGCGCCAGUGCGCCCACUGGGGCCUUUAACGCCUGCCCCCUCAGCUGUUGUCCUGGCUAUACCACCGGCUGCUGCAGCUGCAACAGGACCUUUUCCAGCAACACAGCUUCUCUUUCUGGACCUCUCACUGCCCCAGCAGAGUGUGAGGGUGCUCCCCAUACCAACGCUCCCUCGGACAACGCCAGCCCCACACGUCCUCCUUCUGCCGCUGGCCGCCGCACAUCACGCCGGCCCUCAGGCAGCAGCUCCUGCUCCCCCUCCUCAGCCUCGCUCUGCGUACAAAACUGAAUGGCUGAGGAGGAAGAAGGCUGAGCAGAGGGCAGCGGCAGGAGCAGUUGUUGCUGCUCGGGCCGGCGUGCCACAAGAACAAAAGUGCAGGAGAUGCGGCCAGCCAAAGCGGAGGGAGACCGGACACACCCGCUACGGCAAUGUGCAUUUUUGCUCUGCCGCCGCGGCGGGUAAGAGUGUGGAGGACUGGCUGAGGGAGAUGAAGGACCAGGGUCGAGCCCCGGACUGAUUUUGCAUUCUCGCUGGGGCAGGUGUAUAUAGUUGUUUCAGUGUUUGUUUGUUUUUUAAAGACAUUGACUUUACCCUCCACAAGGACCGGGACCUUGCCACGGUGUGGAGGCUUCCUACAAACACCGGUCCACAUCUGCCACAACUUUUCAUUAUUUGUUAAUGUGUGAAUAAAUGAAUGAAAUCCUUCACUGUAAAUAUUUCUUUGUAAAUGUUUGAAUAAUAUAUUAAUGUUAACAAAAUACGAAUAAAAAUAUUAAAAAAAUAUAUCGUUAAACAAAAUAAACUAUUUAAAAGCACACAGUUCAAAAUUAACAAAGAUAAAUGAAAAAUAACAGAAUAUACAGCCAUUUAUUUGCAGUGACGUGCGGUGGUGUCUUAAAGAGGCUAGGCACUGAGUUUAUGAAAGCCAGAUUACCUGAUUUAUUGUUUAAGCUAAUAAUACGUAAUAAAAGUGAACGUUACGCACAAGCGCGGCAUAUCGAGA